UUUGCACAGAAGCCUUGUGCCCACGAUGCACUAUCAGAAGAGUUUACCAAGGUUGCCGGUUCCUAAACUGGAGGACACCAUCAGGAGGUACUUAGCCGCUCAACGGCCUCUUCUGGACGACCGACAAUACAGCAACACAGAGAAGGUGGCCCAGGACUUCCUGGCUGGUGAAGGCAGGAGACUCCAGGAGGAGUUGCUGACUCAGGACAGAAAAAACAAGCACACCAGCUACAUCUCAGGCCCGUGGUUCGACAUGUACCUGUCGGCGCGCGAUCCGGUGGUGCUGAACUUCAACCCCUUCAUGUCGUUCAACGACGACCCCAAGCGCGAGUACAACCAGCAGCUGGUGCGCGCCGGCAACAUGGUGUGCUCGGCCGUGCGCUUCAUGAAAACGCUGCGCGCCGGGCUGCUGGAGCCCGAGGUGUUCCACCUGGACCCGGCUCGCAGCGACACGGACGCCUUCAAGAAGCUGAUCCGCUGGGCGCCCGCCCGGCUCGCCUGGUACGGCGCCUACAUGGUCAACGCGUACCCGCUGGACAUGUCGCAGUACUUCCGCCUCUUCAACUCCACGCGCCUGCCGCGGCCAGGCCGGGACCGGCUCUUCACCGACCCCGCGGGGCGCCACCUGCUGGUCAUGAGGAAGGGCAACAUGUAUGUCUUUGACGUGCUGGACCGCGACGGCAACAUGCUGCCCCCGGCCCAGAUACGCGACAACUUGAGCCACAUUCUGUCCGACGCGACCCCACCGCCCGACUUCCCACUGGGGGCGCUGACGACGGAGAACCGCGACGUGUGGGCGGGGCUGAGGGACAAGCUGGUCGCCGGCGGCAACGGCGAGGCCCUGACCGCGGUGGACAGCGCCCUCUUCUGCCUGUGCCUGGACGACGUGGCGCUGAGCGACACCGUGGCCGCGUCGCACAACAUGCUGCACGGCGACGGCGUCAACCGCUGGUUUGACAAGUCGUUCAGCAUCAUCGUGGCCCAAGACGGCCACGCCGCCAUCAACUUUGAGCACUCGUGGGGCGACGGCGUGGCCGUGCUGCGCUUCCUUAACGAAAUCUACAAGGACACCACCCGCAAGCCGCUAGUGCACCCCGGCUGCGCUACUAGCGCCCACUCGGCGUCCCAGGUGCGCCGGCUGAGCUUCAAGCUGGACGAUGAACUGCGGGCCGGCAUCAAGGCGGCCAAAGCCGGAUUUGACGCCGCCGUGUCCCAGCUCACCAUCGGCGCUAUGCAGUUUACAGGUGGCGGUAAGGAGCGUCUGAAGAAGUCCAAGCUGAGCCCGGACGCCGUGGCGCAGCUGGCCUUCCAGAUGGCCUUCCUGCGGCAGUACGGCCAGACGGUGGCCACGUACGAGUCGUGCAGCACGGCCGCCUUCAGGCACGGCCGCACGGAAACCAUCCGCCCCGCCAGCGCCCUCACCAAGCGCUGCGCGCGCGCCUUCGUCGGCGAGCCCGCCCGACACACCGCCGACGGGCUGCUGGACAUGUUGCGCCAGUGCUCCGCCUACCACGGGCAGCUGACCAAGGAGGCCGCCAUGGGUCAGGGCUUCGACCGGCACCUCUUCGCCCUGCUCAACCUGUCGGCAUCGGCCGGGUGUCCGCCGCACGAGCUUUACGCCGACCCCGCCUACGCCGCCAUCAACCACAACAUCCUGUCCACCAGCACGCUGUCCAGUCCGGCCGUGCGGCUGGGCGGCUUUGCCCCCGUGGUGCCCGACGGCCUGGGCGUGGGCUACGGCGUCCACGACGACUGGAUCGGUUGCAACGUCAGCGGCUACCCGGCUCGCGACGUCUCGCGCUUCUUGCGGUGCGUGGAGCGAUCCCUCCAGGACAUCUUUGCCGUCCUGGACGGGAAGGCGCUCGCGUGACGCCGCCGGCCUUCCUUCCUCCCUUCCUUUUCGAGCUGGCAAACGUAACGGGGUAAGUGGAAAUCAUGUGAUGGUAUGUCCAGUCACGUUGCCAUGGAUACUGGCAACGAAUCAUGUCACCCAACGUGUGUCAAUAAAAUGUAUCCAUUGAUUUGUAUAAAAGACCGACAGGCGCAAUAAAAAAAAUGAAGUGAAA